CUCUGGGACUACCACCCGGAGUUGAUGACCGUAAUCUGGAUCUUGAGUUACCUGGUCCAUCUGUGGCCUUCCAAUCACCAGUCGCUCUGACGAUCAACAUUAGGAUUGCGAGGACCACCGGACAGAUCAUGACUAGGCAACACAGACAGAGCUAGUACAGAACAUACAGGAUAUUUUGCGAACGCUGUUUGACGUCGGAUCAUCGUAUCCCCUCGAUAUGGCUAUCGACUUCACGAACACCCCUUUGCGGCUGACUAGGACGAGUGCAUCCCUACAUCUGAUGCUGUACCAGGCUAUUCUACUUUGUAUCAGACCAGUGGUACUACAACAAGUACAUCACAAACUACAGGUCACAAACUUCGAGCAGCAAACAUCAGCGGUCAUCCAAAGACUUUCGAAAACAUGCGAAGAAGCGGCCAUGAAAAGCCUAGCCAUUCUCUCGAAGCUCAAACAGGAUAGAACGAUAGCACGCUUCGGCUUCUUCGACUUGGACGCUACUUUCUCAGCGGCCUUCGUGUUGAUAAUGCUACGAAUUAGCGAUGAGACGGGAGACGCACCCCCUCCGAAGAUCUUGGAAGCAUGUCAGGUACUCGAGUACCUCUCUGUGGUGGGAAACCAGAUGGCAACACGACGACUCAACGAUAUCAAGGAAUUUUGCUAUCAUGUCUGGCCGAAUUUUACACUCCAUAACCAGGCUUCGCACGUUUUGCUUGAACAGUCUUUGCAGGCAGGCUCUCUACCUGCCCACCAAGAUAUUUCGGCGCCAUCUCAAGCUCAAGGCGACUUUAUGGACCACUCAGUCUUGGCUGAUCUUGACUUACGACCAUAUGCGGCGGAUGGAGCACUAAGCACUGACUUCUUCAAUGGAGCGGGUGAUAUCUACUCUUGUUUCAAUGAUCCAAGUCUAUCACUUACAGGUAGAGAUCUUGAUGAUUGGAUGGAGAUGAGCAGGAUUUUAAAUACUCAGUAACGCUACUUUCACAUCUAGUUGUGUACUUCAUCUUGCUUAUAGACUAUCCGUCUCUCCACACGAUGCUUUCUGCCGCCGCUCUAUUACCCCAAUUGGGCCUCU